AUGCAGAGAUUUCAAUUUCUUUCAAUCCAUUCUAUCUUCUUGUUCUUCUUAUUUGCAUCUUCUUGUGUUACGGCUCAACAAAGACAGUCUAAUAUAAGCCUGGGAUCUUCUCUAAGACCAACCACAAACUCCUCAUGGCUGUCAAGUUCUAAACUCUAUGCCUUCGGAUUUUACCCACGAGGCAAUGGCUAUGCUUUUGGAAUUUUCCUUGCCGGAAUUCCUGAGAAAACUGUAGUGUGGACAGUGUACCGCGAUGAUCCACCAAUCCCCAGCAACGCUACCUUGCUGUUGAAUACUGAAGGCAGGCUUGUCUUGCAAUCAGCACAAAGCCAAGUUACUGAUAUUGCUAAUCAGAUUACUGGGUCUGCCUCUUCUGCUUCCAUGCUCGACUCUGGAAACUUUGUGCUUUACAACUCUAGUGGGGAAAUAAUCUGGCAAAGUUUUGAUUACCCAACUGACACUAUUUUGCCAACUCAACGUCUUUUGACAGGAUAUGAGUUGUUUUCAAGUGUUUCAGAAACAAAUCCUUCCACAGGGAAAUUCCGGCUUAAGAUACACAGAGAUGGGAACCUUAUUCAGUACCCAACGCAUACUGAAGACGCACCUGCAUAUGCCUAUUGGUCGACUGGUACAGGGGGCCGAGGUGAUCAUGUGACGCUAAACCUUGAUGUUAGUGGCCAUCUUUACCUGCUUAACGCCAGUGGCUUCAAUAUAUGGAGUAUUACAGAAGGGUAUCCAACAGGGGGAAUACUUUAUUUGAUGAGAGUUGAUUGGGAUGGGAUAUUAAGAUUAUAUUCACACAAUUUGAGACCAAAUGGUACAUGGUCUGCUCUGUGGGAAUCUUCGAAAAACAAGUGUGAUCCUAAGGGUCAGUGUGGCAUUAACAGCUUUUGUUUUACAAAUGAUAAAAAAACCGACUGUAGCUGUCUUCCAGGAUUUGCCUCUGUAAACCAAGGCAAUUGGACAUCCGGGUGUGAAAGAGAUUUCAUUCUAGAAAGUUGCAGCAAUGGGCAUGGACCUGUCAAAGUCAAGAUUGAACAAUUGGAGGAUACUCUCUGGGAAGAUGGCUCAUACUUAGAUCUGUCAGAAACAACCAAAGAAGACUGUCAACAAGCAUGUUUGGAGGACUGCAAUUGCGAAGCUGCACUCUUCAAGAGCAAUGAUCGCAAGUGCAGAAUGCAAAAGCUUCCUUUGAGAUUUGGGAAAAGAGAUAUGGGUAAUGGAUCAAAAAAUUUUGCUUUCAUCAAGGUGGGAAUUGCAUCCUCUGAUGUAAACAAUGAGCCUAGAAAGGAGAAGAAAUGCCUCAGAACCGGUUUGAUAAUUACAUUAAGUUGUGUAUUUGGUGCUUCUAUACUUGUUUUUGCAGCUUGCUUGAUUUUCAUUCACGGAUACCAAGUCUGGUCAAACAGAAUAAUUGCUGGAAACGGUAAUUUCAGGUUUUGUGAGGACAUCGCACCGGUAUCUUUUACUUUUGCAGAAAUCGAGAAACUAACUGAUGGUUUCAAGGAAGAGAUUGGCAAAGGAUCUUCAAGUAUAGUUUAUAAGGGGAUUAUGAUGCAUUGCAAUAAGUUUGUAGCUGUCAAAAAAUUAGAGAAGGUGUUAGCAGAAGGGGAAAGGGAAUUUCUGACUGAGAUAAAGGUAAUUGGGAGAACCCAUCACAAGAAUUUAGUUCGUUUGCUUGGUUAUUCCUUUGAUGGACCUAACAAGGUGUUAGUGUACGAGUACAUGAGCAAUGGUUCUCUCGCUGAUCUACUUUUCACACCAGAAAAACAGCUUAAUUGGAUAGAAAGAAUGGACAUUGCUCGGGAUAUAGCACGAGGAAUUCUUUAUUUGCACAGUGAGUGUCGAACGCAAAUCAUCCAUUGUGACAUAAAACCUCACAACGUACUCAUGGACGAGAAUAGGUGCGCAAAAAUUGCUGACUUUGGAUUGGCGAAGCUAUUGAAACCGGAUCAAACUAACACUUUUACCGGCAUAAGAGGAACAAGAGGAUAUGUUGCACCAGAAUGGUAUCGAAAUCUAGCCGUGACAGUAAAAACAGAUGUUUAUAGUUUUGGAGUGGUGUUGUUAGAGAUCAUAUGUUGUCGAAGAUGCAUGGACCAAAACUUUCCAGACAAUCAAAUUGUUCUCCAAGAUUGGGUUUGCCAGUGUUUUGAUGCUGGUGAUUUGAGGCAACUGGUAAGAAAUGAAGAGGUUGAUCUAAAACAAUUGAAGAGGAUGAUCAAAGUUGCACUUUGGUGUAUUCUUGAUGAGCCAUCAGUACGUCCUUCAAUGAAGAAAGUUUUACUAAUGCUUGAAGGAAGUGUUGAGAUUCCAAUUCCUCCAAGCUCUACCUCUUUUGUUACUUCUAUCUGAGUCCUGCAAAAGAGAAUGAAGCUCAACCGAUUUUCCAUUUCUUUUAUUUCUUUCAAAUGUAUCUAUGUAAUUUAGAGAGUGGAUUUAUGUUCUACUUCCUCUCAUUUAAUAAUAACCAUUCUCUUGUGAA